GCGUGCACCCGCGUUCCAUCUGUCUUCUGAGACUUUGCCCUUCUCCAGGAAGAGCAUUCAGGAGACCAGGAAAAUGGCCACAGGGCUCCUGAGAGCCAAAAAAGAGUGUUUAAUGAUGAACAGUUUCAGACAUAUGGAAAAAACCAGGAAGCCUUGUACAUUGAACACUCACAUACCCACCACCUAGAUUCAACAGUGAGUACCUCCUUCUCAUGAACUUUUCCUGAUCCUCAGUCCUACAGUGACCUCUCCCUCUUGAAAUUACUCUGACCCAGUGAUUCACAACCAUCACACUACUUUUAGGAGCCUUUGAAAGUACAAAAGCCCCAUCCCUUGGUUUUAUGGAUUUGCAGUGGGACUCGAGAAUCCAUAAUUUAAAACACCACCCAGGUAGCUCUAAACUAUAGCCAGAGAGAGAUGAGGUGUGACAACCAAAGCCCUCACUCAUCUGUGCUCUUUUCUUAUGAUUAAGUGCAUUGGGACUGGCUGGGUUUGGGGACAGCUAUCAAUAUAACUGGGUGUAGGUAGAGUCUUAAGGCCAUUUCAUAGUCCAGCCAGUGUAGAAUAGUGGAGCUGGUAGGGGGCAGGAAAUGUAGGGAGAGUUCCCUGGGAAGGGUACAGUGUGGAAUUAGUUUUAGAGACACAAUGUCAUACCCUCAAGGAGUGAUGGAGGCAUUCUGAGAAGGGGGUGCAAAAUCAAAGAGACAAGGCAUGUACCUAAAUGAAUGACGCUGGUGAGGCAGUCUCCAAUAGUAUAUUGCGGCUGAUAGACCCCCAGCAUGAGUCACCAUCAGCCAACUGUGGUCCUAUAGCAGUGCAAAGCCCAGGGUGGUCAGAUUUAUGGAUUUUUAACAGAACCCAUAGAUUGAGAUUUUCAUAUGAAGUCUUCCAACAUUUAAUUAAUAUAAACACAAAUUUUAAAGCAGUAUAUGGGUCAAAUUAAACCCCUCUGUGGACUGCAGAUUGUACCUAAAGAGAAUAAGUGUUGGGCAGGGAAGAAUCCCAGUGCCAGAUUUCCAGACUCAUUUGGAAAUCUCACCGAACUUCCGUGCCAAGGACGGUUAUAUAUUCCUGUCCUCCAAAGUACGGCUUUGUAGGUAGCAGUGGUUCGUUUGAAACUUUGUUGCUUGUCUAAUAAUAAAUCAUUUUCGGUUAUUUAAAAAUAUUUGACUGCUAAGUGUUUAUAGAUUCUGUUGUAGACACCAGGGCAAUCACAGUGAUCCAGCCAUGCACAUGGAACUGAUGUCUUAGUGGGAAGUCAGAAAAUAGAAAUGAAUAUCACGUAUUAUCUUAGAGUUAAGGGAACACAGUAAAGCAGGAGAGGGGAAUGAAACCCACGUGAGGGCAUGGAAUUUUACAUAGAACGGCCAGGGACUGCACCGGGCAUUUUGUCUGAGCCCUUCACGGUAAUCCUAAUCCUCACCACAAUGCUGUGAGAUAAGCACGGUUAUUUUUAGUUUGCAGGAGAAACUGACGUGCUGAGCAGCUAAUUCAGUGCCUGAGGUUACACUAGUUGGGGACAGAGAUGGGUUCCAAAUCCAGAUAGUGUGGUUUGAAUCCACACUCUUCAUCACCACCCACUUUCCCUCCUUAGGCCUGAGCAGGCACGUGUCAGCAUUUGGUAGAGGAAGGAGGGAGUCCUGCUGUAGGAACUAUAUAUAUUGGUGAGUUAUUUGCCCCCAAGCUCCAGAGGCACCACUGCUUCAAGUAGACCAAAUACUGAGACCAAGCAGUCUCAGAAAAUUUUCAAACUCAGCAAGAUGAUUCUUUACUAUUUAGUUGUACUUGUGUGGUGACUUCUUCUCCCUGCCUAGUUUUAAAACUCCUUCUAGGUAAGGGCUUUGGUUUUGUUUGCUUUUAUCCUCCCUAGCAGCUAGCCUGGGAUAUUGACAGUAAGUAAUAGGUGCAUAAAUGAUGCUGGCUGGGCAGAGAUAGGAGAAUAAUGGUCUUUCACCCCUUGGUGCCAAGGUCACAAUCCAAAGUAGGGUCUAGAAAUCUUUCCUACUUCCCUCAGGGAAGCCUUUUGACCUCUCAUUCUUUUAUUUUAUUUUAUUUUUUUGAGACAGAAUUUUGCUCUUGUUGCCCAGGCUGGAGUGUAAUGGCACAAUCUCGGCUCACCGCAAGUAACUGGGAUUACAGGCAUGCGCCACCAUGCCUGGCUAAUUUUGUAUUUUUAGUAGAGACGGGGUUUCUCCACGUUGGUCAGGCUGAUCUCGAACUUUCAACUUUAGGUGAUCAGCCAACCUCGGCCUCCCAGAAUGCUGGGAUUACAGGCAUUCGUGGCAUUCAGGGAUGUGGCUGUGGACUUCACCCAGGAGGAGUGGAGGUUGUUGAGCCCUGCUCAGAGGACCCUGCACAGGGAGGUGAUGCUGGAGACUUAUAACCAUCUGGUCUCACUGGAAAUUCCGUCUUCUAAACCAAAACUCAUUGCUCAGCUGGAGCGAGGGGAAAAGCCCUGGAGAGAGGAGAGAAAAUGUCCACUGGACCUCUGUCCAGCAGAAUCAAAGCCAGAAAUUCAACUUUGUCCCUCCUGCCCUCUGAUUUUCUCCAAUCAGCAAGCUCUCAGCCAACAUGUGUGGCUGAGUCAUCUCUCUCAGUUGUUUUCAAGUUUAUGGGCAGGAAAUCCUCUCCAGCUGGGAAAACACUAUCCAGAAGAUCAGAAACAACAGCAGGAUCCAUUCUGCUUGUGUGGCAAAGCAGAAUGGAUUGAAGAGGGAGAAGACUCCAGACUCCUGUUUGGGAGAGUAAGCAAAAAUGGCACUUCAAAGGCACUUUCCAGCCCACCUGAAGAACAGCCAGCACAGUCCAAGGAAGACAACACAGUGGUGGAUAUAGGGCCCAGCCCUGAACAGAAGGCAGACCUUGAGGAAACAGACAAAGUAUUGCAUGGUUUAGAAGUCUCAGGAUUUGGAGAAAUCAAAUAUGAAGAGUUUGGGCCAGGCUUUAUCGAGGAGUCAAAGCUCCUUAGCCUCCAGAAGACACCAACUGGGGAGACAGCUUACAUGUACACUGAGUGGGGAGACAGCUUUGGCGGUAUGUCAAUCCUCAUCAAAAACCCAAGGACACACUCUGGGGGAAAGCCUUAUGUGUGCAGGGAAUGUGGGCGAGGCUUUACGUGGAAGUCAAACCUGAUCACACAUCAGAGGACACACUCAGGGGAGAAACCUUAUGUGUGUAAGGAUUGUGGACGAGGCUUUACGUGGAAGUCGAACCUCUUUACCCAUCAGCGGACACACUCAGGGCUCAAGCCUUAUGUGUGCAAGGAAUGUGGGCAGAGCUUUAGCCUGAAGUCAAACCUCAUCACCCACCAGAGGGCGCACACUGGGGAGAAGCCUUAUGUUUGCAGGGAAUGUGGGCGUGGCUUUCGCCAGCAUUCACACCUGGUCAGACACAAGAGGACACAUUCAGGAGAGAAGCCUUACAUUUGCAGGGAGUGUGAGCAAGGCUUUAGACAGAAGUCACACCUCAUCAGACACUUAAGGACACACACAGGAGAGAAGCCUUAUGUAUGCACAGAAUGUGGGCGUCACUUUAGCUGGAAAUCAAACCUCAAAACACAUCAGAGGACACACUCAGGGGUUAAACCUUAUGUCUGCCUGGAGUGCGGGCAGUGCUUUAGCCUGAAGUCAAACCUUAACAAACACCAGAGGUCACACACAGGGGAGAAGCCGUUUGUAUGUAUGGAGUGUGGGCGAGGCUUUACCCGGAAAUCAACCCUCAUCACGCACCAGAGGACGCACUCAGGGGAGAAGCCAUUUGUAUGUGCUGAGUGUGGACAAGGCUUUAAUGAUAAGUCCACCCUCAUUUCACACCAGAGGACACAUUCAGGGGAAAAGCCUUUUAUGUGCAGGGAGUGUGGCAGAAGGUUUCGGCAGAAGCCUAACCUAUUUAGGCACAAGAGGGCACACUCAGGUGUCUUUGUGUGCAGGGAGUGUGGGCAAGGCUUUUGUGCUAAGUUAACUUUCAUUAAACACCAGAGGGCACACUCAGGGGGGAAGCCUCAUGUGUGCAGGGAGUGUGGGCAAGGCUUUAGCCGGCAGUCACACCUCAUUAGACACCAGAGGACACAUUCAGGAGAGAAGCCUUAUAUUUGCAGAAAGUGUGGGCGGGGCUUUAGUCGGAAGUCCAACCUUAUCAGACAUCAGAGGACACACUCAGGAUAGAAACUUUAUGUGUACAGGGAAUGUGGUACAGCCUUUUGCCAUCAGACACCAGGGGACACACACAGUGCUGUGGCUUUUUCAGCCAUUGCUAGACACCAAAGUGGAGACAUUGUGUGUGUGAUUGUGCAUGAGACUGUACUGGUUAAGACUUGUAUCUCCAUCCACCUGAAGGAGAAUUGCUGGCUCAUUUUCAGGAGCCCUGCCCUUCCUCACUGUGGAUGGUGGGUUGUGGAAGCCCGGUCAGAUAAUGAAAGUGGCAGGAGGCAGUCAAAAGCCCAGGCAGAUAGGGGUGGGUACCUGGUGAAACCCAACCUUAAAGCUGAAGACAGUCCCAGCUAAGUCCUCGUACUGAAUUGAGAACCUGUCUUCCCAUUUGGUGUGCUUUCCUCUGAUUGAUCCCAACUCUUCACCUAUUUUACAUAUACCCUGCCCUUUCCUAAUUGGUUUUUACACUGCUGUGCCCACCUUUUGAGUGGUGCCUUUGUAUACUUACAAAUCAAUCAACAUGUACUUCCCUAUUCUGAGCCCAUAAAAGACCCAGACUCAGCUGCAGUGAGGAGAGAAAUCACCCUGCUGUGGGGGUUGGGGACCACUCCCUGCAUCCCCUCUCCACUGAGAGCUGUUCUUUUGCUCAAUAAAAUUCUUUUCUACCCAUCCUCA